UUAAAUUUCAAAUUUCGGUACUGUAGAGAUCCUCUGCAGUUUUUGCUAAUCACUUAUCACUCAUUAACCACACCGGGAGGCCCAAAACAUGAAGCUUCUGCUUAUUUUCUCUGCAAUUUUCGUUCUUGCCGCUAGUGCUUUCGCUGAUAUUCAAGAGGCUCAGGGACAAUUCUGCGAGAUGUGUAAUAAGAAUUGGGAGGAGAAAGUGCCGAAGAGUUGGGCAGAAAUGACGGGAUAUAUGAACCUUGCGUGCUUCCAACUUCACAAAACUCUCAAGCCAAAAUGUAUGGCUCUGGUGAACAAUUUCAACAUUGGCAACGUUUUUGACACAUUCCGUCCUCAACUUAUCGAUUUCGGAAACGCCGUCUGUGAUAUGUAUUGCAAUUAAAGAAUUUUAACAAAGACAUUUAUUCCCUGCACCCUUUUAUUAAAAAAACAUAAUUUUCUCAACAAAAAUGGAUAAACGAGCAAAUUUGAACA